UUGAGGGAGAUAGACAGGGAAAGAGAGAAAUGGCGCCUCGAUGCUGCGCUCACUGAGGCAGUGUUUGGAGCCGGCUAGGGAGAUUCAGUAAGGGCAGACGAAAGAAAAAAACAUGGUGAACACAAGGAAAAGCUCACGGCCGGGAAGCGAUCACUUCAUAUCCUCGAGGACUAGGUCGUCGUCGAGAACCGAGAUGAACUCGGAGGAACAUAAGGAGCCCAGUAGUGAUGUGAGCAGUCCCAGCAGUCCGCGCUUGGCUCCCCCUUCCAAGCGAACGCGGCGCCAGACGGCCUCUGAGCCCAGCUCCAGCGACACCUCUCCGUCCCCACAGACCAAGUCCCAGAGGGUCAGCUGGGAAAUUCCCACCUACCACACCAGGUUGUCCUCUCGCAUCAUGCAAAAUGGCCACGCCCAUAUGAGUCACCGGAAUGAGGAGCGUGGAGUGGGGGAUCACUCUCACAUGAAUGGACAUGUGGAGCUGAAGAGGAGCUGCCGAGUGAAGAAGAGCCAGUUCGAACACCUCAAUCAGAGCCUGCUGUUCGACCAGCUGGUCAACAGGGAGGGACGGGGACCCCUACUUCCACCACGACUGUCGACCAGGCGGACUGCUCAGUGCGUCAGGGGUCUGCGGCCAUAUCGACAAACCACCCGACCCAUCUUGAAACACCGACCUCGUCUUGUUUACCGUGCUUUCACUGCCGAGGCUGUCCUUCAGGAAAUGGACAACAUCAGCAGCAUCAGGCAGAACCGCGAGGUGGAGCGUCUCCGCAUGUGGACAGGAGACACUGAGGAGGAAAACAUGGACAUGUAUUCCCGGGUGAAGCGCAGGAAAUCCAUGCGCAGGAGCACUUUCAGCAUGCCCACACACCACAAAGCCAUGAGUAAAACUGAGCAGGAGGAUGAAGAGGAGGAAGGAACGGAAGAUUCUCACGGUGAGGAAGAAGAGCAGGAUGCAGAGGAUGAAGAUGAUGAAGGGGAUGAAGCAGAAGAAGCAGGGGAGGACAAUGACAAUGACAGACGGUAUAACCUGAGGCAGCGAAAGGCUGUGCAGAGAUAUGAGGCACCACCUAUCGAGCCGGUGAACAGAAAACAGAGCAGCCCCUCACUUUUUGACACCCACAGAUCCCCAGCAAGAAGAAGCCAUAUAAGAGUCAAGAAACAUGCCAUUCACAGCAGUGACACCACCUCGUCUUCUGAUGAAGAGCGGUUCGAGCGGAGAAAAGGCAAAAGCAUGACCCGGGCCAGGAACAGAUGUUUGCCCAUGAACCUGACUGGAGAAGAUCUGUCUAGUGGGGUGCUGCGUGAUCGGGUGAAAGUGGGUGCCAGCUUGGCUGACGUGGAUCCCAUGAAUCUUGAUAGCUCAGUGAAAUUUGACCAUGUGGGAGGCCUCAGUAACCACAUAAAGUCACUUAAAGAGAUGGUUGUGUUCCCAUUGCUUUAUCCUGAGAUCUUUGAGAAGUUUAAGAUUCAGCCCCCCAGAGGGUGUUUGUUCUACGGGCCUCCCGGGACGGGAAAGACUCUGGUAGCACGGGCGCUUGCCAAUGAGUGUAGCCAGGGAGACAAGAAGGUUUCUUUCUUCAUGAGGAAAGGAGCCGACUGCCUCAGCAAGUGGGUCGGGGAAUCAGAACGCCAGCUACGCCUGCUCUUCGACCAGGCUUACCUGAUGAGGCCAUCCAUAAUCUUUUUUGACGAGAUUGAUGGUUUGGCUCCUGUUCGCUCUAGCAGGCAAGACCAGAUACACAGUUCUAUUGUGUCCACACUCUUGGCCUUGAUGGACGGCUUGGACAGUCGCGGGGAGAUAGUUGUCAUCGGUGCUACAAACAGACUUGACUCUAUCGACCCGGCACUCAGGAGGCCUGGGCGCUUUGACCGGGAGUUUCUGUUCAACCUGCCCGACAAGAAGGCCAGAAAGCACAUCUUGGAGAUUCACACACGGGAAUGGAAUCCCAAAUUGUCUAAGCCGUUCAUAGAUGAAAUUGCAGAAAAAUGCGUCGGCUACUGCGGCGCAGACAUCAAAGCACUUUGCACAGAGGCAGCCUUGGCCGCGUUGCGCCGCCGCUACCCCCAGAUCUACGGCAGCAGCGUCAAACUGAGCUUGGAUGUCGCCUCCAUCGUCCUGGGGGCCUGCGACUUCAGCAAGGCCAUCAGGACAAUCGUCCCCGCCUCCCAGAGGGCACUGGCCCCCCCCGGCCGAGCCCUGUCCCCCACCCUCAGGCCCCUGCUGGCCAGCUCUUUCUCCUUGGUGCUGAAAGCCCUGCUCCGAGUCUUCCCCCACGCUCAGUGUACUGACAGGGACAACGCACACGGCGGUGACAAUCAACUGCUCGAAGAGGACUACAGCGACGAUGACAAUGAGCAACGCUCCGCUUCCAUCUAUGAAGUCCAGCCUGCUGCAUCCCCAAAGACUCAGCUCUCCUCUUCUGCAACGCACACACCCUUCCUUCACUUCUCCUUCUCCGCCCUCCAACAGCCCACAGCAUACCGGCCUCGUCUGAUGCUGGCCGGGGCCUCGGGCUCAGGACAGAGCUCCCACCUGGCCCCCGCCUUGCUGCACCACCUAGACAAACUGCCGGUGCACCGCCUGGAUUUGCCCACUCUCUACUCCGUCAGCUGUAAGACACCAGAGGAGUCCUGUGCUCAGGUUUUCCGGGAGGCCCGGCGGAGCGUGCCCAGCGUGGUCUUCAUGCCGCACAUCUCAGAGUGGUGGGAGACAGUGAGUGACACUGUGAAGAGCACCUUCCUCACCCUGCUGCAUGAUGUGCCCUCCUUCAGCCCCGUCCUCAUCCUCGCCACAGCUGAGACUCACUACUCACAGCUGUCAGACGAGGUGAGGAGUAUUUUCCAGAGGUCUUACGGGGAGGUAGUGACGCUGUGCCCUCCGGAAGAAGAGGACAGGAGGAGCUUCUUCUCUGACCUGCUGCUGGAGCAAGCAGCCAGGCCUCCACCACGCCUCAAGAAUCAAGGGAGGUCUGAAGAGGUUCUGCCAGCGGCUGAGGCUCCGGGGCCCAGAGUCCUGUCAACAGAGGAACAGCGCCGCCUUGCUGAGCAGGAGGAGAACACACUGCGUGAGCUCAGGCUCUUUCUCAGGGACGUGACCAAGCGCCUGGCCACCGACAAACGUUUUAACAUCUUCAGCAAGCCAGUUGACAUCGAUGAGGUGUCUGAUUACAUGGAGGUGAUUCGGCAGCCCAUGGAUCUAUCCACCAUCAUGACCAAGAUUGACACCCACCAGUACCUGAGGGUGAAGGACUUCCUGGGAGACAUCGACCUCAUCUGCAGUAAUGCUUUAGAAUACAACCCUGACAAGGAUCCUGGAGACAAGGUGAUCCGGCACCGAGCAAGCAGUUUAAAGGACACCGCUCACGCUAUAUUUGCUGCCGAGCUGGACCCAGAGUUCGACCGCAUGUGCGAAGACAUCAAAGAGGCGCGCAGGAAGAAAGACCUCCAGACGCCAGCUCAGCAGACGGAGCUGAUGGGCGCCGUGGCAACCAGAAGGCACCACGCUGGAGCAGAGGAGCAGGCCAGGAGCAGCACUCAGGGCGAGGCCACUGAUAAACAGUGCACCACUAAUCACAUAAAGCGGAAGAUUCGCCGGCGGCCAUCUUGGGGGCGGGGCAUCAUUCGUAAGAAGAAGACUUACAAAAAAGGAAUGGACGAGGAGGAAGAGGAGGAGGAGCCCGAGGAGCCCGAGGCCGAGGUGGAAGCUGUGGGGCCCAGUGACUCAUGUUUAACGCAGGACGAGGAAUCAUCAUGUGACACCAUGGGACCCCAGCCCAAUGGCCACCAUCCCCAUGUCCCCUCUACGGAAGAGGAGAGCUCCAACGAGCCCCCUGUUGCAGCUCCUGCUGAACCUCCAGAUGACAGCGAAGCCCAAAAAGAGCAAACGCCUACGGAGGAGGAACCCUCGGCCAAAAAGGCAGAGCCUGAGAACACAGAGAAACACAGUGAGCUGCUUCGCCUCAGUGGCAGUUCUCAGCCCCAGGCAGAUGGGGAUGGCCAGUCCAAGAAGGCUGACUUCCAGCUGUCAAUUGAAUUGUCCAAAUCUUCAGAUGCUGAGGUCCAGCCUAAGCACACAGAGGGUGUCUUAGUAUCACAAGCGGACUGUGUGAAUGGAAACGAGUCAAUGGACAGCCUGGACUCACACAGCCUCCAGGGGAGCAGCGAGGGUGAGAAAAGAACUGCUCAUAGCACGGCUCAGUGCUCUAAUGAACCAGAACUGGAAGAGCACAAAGAUAAACACGAGAGCAACCCAACUCAGGAGCACCCUCCCCAGGAUGGGAGAGCAGAAACAGGAAAUGUUGUGGAACAUCAACAUACAGAAGGGGGUUCCACAGCCGAGAUGUCAGAGCAGCUGAAGGGAAUUACUGAAAGGACGGAGGAAGAGCCACAACCAGCCCCCCCCCAUCCUCCUUUAGUGGUUGACCACCAGCGACUUGCGGCUCUGCUGGAUAUGGUGGUGAAGAAGAGUGAAGGAUACAGCGUGGAGCAGCUGGAGAGACUCUACUCCCUCCUCAGCCAGAGCAUCUACCGGCACCGCAGAGAGUACGAGAAGACCACGCUACUGGAGGAGAUGGAGGGGAAAAUCCAGCAUUUUGAUACAUUCCUGUGAGACGGAGAGGAUACCAUAUCAGCCUGGGACCACAAAGACACACACACACACAGAGACACACACACAAGAAUCCAGCGCCCUCUUCUUGCCGGGAGGAGAAACACGAGGACGAUGUUGAGGACAUUCAAUGGUGCUAUCGUCUCAGGAACCUGGCCAGAUCCAGACCAUCACACACACACACACACACACACACACACACACACACACACACACACACACACACACACACACACACACACACACACACACACACACACACACACACACACACACACACACACACACACACACACACGACGGUCGACCCUGGUGCUACUCGGGUGCUAUCCUAACUUUCAUCCACACUGCUCUUUGGGAUUACUUCUUAACUUUGAUGACGAGCAAAAGCCAACAGAUCGGGUGGUGUCACCUGGAGGCUGCUUCUCUCCUGCAGCAGGCCGUGCAACACACUCACACACACACAUACACACACACACACACACACACACACCCUCACCCUGACUCUUGCAUGUACUUCAACAAACACAGCCGGAAUGCACACACUCACCCGGACCCUCACCAGCAGAAAGUGUGAAUGCAGAGUCCCGCUAGGAGAUGAGGACAGAUAAUGUUCUGAAUCAAUGGACCACAUUGCUGAGCCCUCCCCCCCCAAACCCCCCAGUGAAAUGCUUCGUCAUAGGCCAGUAGUUACUGUGCUAUUACGCGGCUCAUCUUUUUCCGUCAUUUUAGCUACUUGAUGAAUUCAAUACCUGAGCCACCGUCAAGGAUACUCACCCCAGAACAAUAGUUUGAGUGUGAACAAAACUGGAUGAGGUUAGCGCAGCGGGACUAGAGCCGAUUAUGUCCUCUUCAUUACAGCGGCCCCGGUGGAGACCACCCCCCCCCCCCCCCCCCUCACAGUUUCUGUCUCAGACUGACUGGUGACCAGGUCAGCUGCACCACCUCUCGUGUACCCCGCCUCUGGCAUUCACACUCGCAGCAGAUUGUCAUGUCCUAAAUAGUUUGUGGUAGCUCCACACCCCUCCUCUUCCUCCUCCUCACUAGCAUUCACAGUCUGAAUGUUUCCCUCCGACCCCCCCGGCUGAGGAACUGGAAGCAGUACAAAUUGGAAUGCGUCUAGAGUUUGCACUGCCUAGCGUGUGCCUUAUGUAAAACCCCUUAUAUUAAAACUCUGAUAUAUUUAGCAGGAUUUUUUAUUUACUUGUGACAAUGAACAGGCUCCAAUUUGGGGUUAGGUCCUAACCACUGAGGUCAGUGACCUUGAAGCAAAAAAAAAUAUAUAUAUAUUUAAAUACCAUUAGGUUGUUUAAAAUCAAAUCUAGGUUACAUCUCCAACUGAAAAACCAAACUUUAAAACAUCUGAACACAAAAGGAGUUUUAGAUAACACUUACCUUUGGUGGAUGAGUCUGGCCAGACGCAUCUCAGGCACUUGACAUGUUUCAAUAUUUAAAUGUAUUCAUGCCCUGUUACAAACCCAGAGCAGUCUCCACCUGAGCGGACAGCAGGUGUAGGACAGGUUGACACCACCAGCUUCUCUUCAGUUUUCCAUAUGCAAAAAUGAUGAUGCUAGUCAGACGAUUUACGGUGCCAAGUUUGACCCCACUCACUUAAAAGAAGGUGCUCAAAUAACCUGUUCAUAUAAUUUUUGUUAACUAUGAAAAUGUUCUAUUACAUGGUCACAACAACCUAUGUGUUAUGUUAUGUUGUAUAUUUGAUAAUACUUUUGUACGGGUUUUUUUUUUGGUUGGUAUAAAUGCUUUGCUUGAGUCGACAUUUUGCAACCCAUAAUGAACAAGGCCACUCUAGGCAGUGCCGUCACUAAGUUGUAUAAAGCAUUACACGGUUUAUUUUCCCCCUCCUUUUCAAAUGGCUUUCUUUCCGACUUUAUGGAAUUCAUUGUCAGUUUUUCUCGACACCAGACAAGAGAAGCUGGAUUCUGAUCUGUGGCCAACACAGUAGUUGUUUCUCUGACUGCAGUAAAUGAAGAUAUUUACUGAAGCUUUAUAAUGUUUUCAUGGCAUUGUCAUGGUUUUUGGAGAUGCCAUAUUGUGAGCAGGUGCAGACUUCCUUCACUCUGGUCCGGCCCUCCAACUCACCUCAAGCUCUCUGCCUUCUCUCAGACUCUAGGUGACAACAACAAAGAGCAUAUGCAAACUGGCAACCACAGGUUAGCACUUGGACUACUGCAGAGAGAAAAACCAACGCUACCUCAGCUUAAUUUAUUUUAAUGCGACAACCGUUUACUGGGUACAAAAUCAGUGUUUCUCCCCCCCCCCCCCCCCCCCGAAAUACUGUUGCAACAUCUCCAGUACCAGAUCAGUGAAAGCACGGCCCUGCAGUAAUCCAAGAGUUCCUCAUAUCUCUCCCAUUGUUCACUAUGUUUGCAUUUGAGCCAGAUGAUUGCAUACAUUGUAAUUUUGUGGACUGUAUUAUAAGCUUUAGUUUAAUUUGUACCGUUCCUAGACUCUGAGGAGAUAACAUAGAUCUCUCUCCUCUUUCAGAACAAUCACACCCAGACUUUGUUAGAAGCUACAUCUCUUUCCUCCUCACACAACCAUGGCCUUUAUAUUAAAUUCAGCAUUUUCUUGGUGCAGAUUUUCAUCUCAUGAUUCAGAUUAUUUAUUAAAAAACACGUUUCACACCUAAUUCAGUCAACUGUCUUUUUGUACGUUUGAAAUGUAAUGAAUCGGGGAAGCGUUGCGCGUCUGUUUUAACAAUUGUUGUUGAAUUGCGAAGCGUUUGUGUAGCAGGUUUUAUUUGCCGUGUGCGGGGGAAUAAAAGGUUUACAGGUCACUCAGGUUCAACACGCGACAACAUGCCCUUGCAACGUUUCUAUUUAUUUAAUUGUUCCGCUGUUUUCUUCGUUAAAGUGGUUACGGACUGUUUGGCAUACGGGAAGAGGACGGAUAUUUAAAAACAUUGCAUCCGUCUAGUAGAUCCCAGGAAGAGAAAAAGGACCAGAGUUCUUUAAAUGUUGUUCACUUGUCUCCACUUUCUGCCAAGAGUUAUUUUUUAAGGAAUUUAGAAACACACAUGGAAAUAAAAAUAUGGGUAGUUAAAUGUCAUACAUUGUGAUCUUCCUUUCUUAUUAAAAAAUUGUAGCCAGUUUGGACUAACAACCAAUUUUUGUCUGGUAGUUGAGACUGCUUAGUCCAGUAUGCAGAAGGAAGGGUUUGUUCUAUCCUGAAAUACUUUGUUCUUGCCUAUUGUUUCACACUUAAUUUUAGUCGAGACUUUCCAUACCUUUGUCUAUUCUGUUCUGUGUGUAUUUACCACGCCUGUUCGAAAUUGUUACUUUAGUGUAAGUUAUUAUUUUAAAUGAAACUUUUACUGUAUUUCUCAAAUAAACUGCUGUGAUACUUGAAUAAAAGGUGCAAGCUGA